CGACUUGCACUGGCAAUACGUAUCGUUUUUCAUUUACGUUUACUAGUGGGCGACCAACCAACCCCAUCCUGAGCGCCAGCCGCCGCAGGAAUCUCUCGCCAUGGCGCCGCCACCGCCCGCCGCGGCCGCUGUCGGCCACCGCUCAUACCUGCUCCUCCGCUGCGGCGGCCUCUUACCCUCGCCCUCGGGCCCCGCUACGCUCCCCUUCGCCUCCCAUGGGGCGACCUCCGCGCGCCUCCGCCUCCCGCCGCCGCGCUUCUCCCUCUCCCCCGUCCCGAAGAGCCUCUCCGCAUCCUCGCACAUCCCCGUAAGGUCACUGUUCACCGGCAUCGUCGAGGAGGUUGGCCGCGUGCGCCGCCUCGGCCCGCCGCUUGUGCCGUCCGGGGGCGGCGGCGGCGACGCUCCCGGCCUUGACCUUGAGGUCGAGUCCAAGAACCUCCUUGCGGGCACGCAGCUCGGGGACAGCGUCGCUGUGGACGGUACCUGCCUCACCGUUGCGGCCAUCGACCCGGCCGCCUCCACGCUCACCUUCGGCGUCGCGCCGGAGACCCUCCGCCGGACGUCGCUCGGCAGCCGCGCCCCGGGCGACGGGGUCAACCUGGAGCGAGCUCUCACGCCGGCGUCCCGCAUGGGGGGCCACUUCGUGCAGGGCCACGUCGACGGCACGGGCGAGAUCGCCGCGUUCCGGCCCGACGGCGACUCGCUCUGGGUCACCGUGCGCGCGCCGCCGGAGAUCCUCAGGCUGCUCGUGCCCAAGGGCUUCGUCGCCGUCGACGGCACCAGCCUCACCGUCGUCAACGUCGACGACCAGGGCGGGUGGUUUGACUUCAUGCUCGUGCGGUACACGCAGGACAACAUCGUGCUGCCGACGAAGAAGGUUGACGACAAGGUGAACCUCGAGGCGGACAUACUGGGGAAGUACGUUGAGAAGCUCCUCGCCGGGAGGGUCGAGGCUAUGUCGAAGGUGGAUUCCUGAGCUGGUGAAAUUGCUCGUCAUUCUACAGUGUAGCUAGAAGUAAAACUCCUGCCAAUCAACUGAUGUACCACUCGAAUGAUCAGAACUGAAGAAGUCGGAAGGCUGCACCUGCUUCUGAAGGCAUUUUUCAGCUUGUUAAACUUUACUGCCUGGGAAAAGGAUGCUGCAGCUCUGACUAACAAGUUUUAAACUACUGUGAAUUAUGAUAAUUCACAUUGUCAAAACAAAUGUUUUUGUGCACUCUCUAAAUCGCCCAGAAAUCCUUGGUUCGAAAUAGAAAAAGGAUUGCCCGGCAAACAGUUGCCAGACCAAUUAAUGACAGAACAGCUUCAUGCGCCCAGGAAUACCAUGGUGUGCCCGGUUUAAGUAUUCUUGAAUGCAGUAGGUUUCAAUGGAUAAUGGAUGUGUAUCUUUGAUCAAUUCAUUUCCGUGGCAGUCUUAUUAUUUUGAUUUUAUAGAUAGCGUUUUGCUUGCUCACUGAGAGUGCAGCUUGGUUUGAGUGACACGUGAGUAAUGCAGUGUCUUAUCUCGAUUAGAUUGUUUUAGUAGAUCAGCCUACGAGUUUAGCAUCUUCUGGACAACUACGCAAAGUAGCGCCAAUUUAAGUUUCAAGUUUGUGUGUGAUCAAUGCUUGACAUUUUAGGGUAGAGGAAGACUCAGAUUGUGCCUUUCAUUUUCUUAUCAACUAAGAAAGAAAGCUUUGUUCUAUGAACUCAAUAUGCAGCAACCUAAAUUUUAGUUGAUGCAUAUCUAGUGUUUGUGUGUAUUGCUCAUUCGUAUUGCCAUGUAAGCUACACAAAGCGGCAGAUGUGACAUUGGAAAUAUCUGGUACUGUAGAGGCACACUGGGAAGUAGUUUAUGUCUGUGUCAGUAUUGAUGAUCAUGCAUGGUUGAGCAUGUACACAAUGUUAUCAGGUUUAAUAUAUUGUAGGCUGAUAACCGCUACAAGUAGAGCUGGCUGGCUUCCUCUCCUUUGUUAGGAUUAACUUAGUUGAUAGAUGGAUUGUAUGCAUCUUCUCUUAUCUAACCGACUG